UAGCAGGGAGCUGUCGCCAGGUAACCCCGGGCUCUCUUGGUGGGUUGGGUAGUUGGAGACAGCGAGCGCCGAGUUUUGGCGAAGAGACCUCUCUAGGAGUUUGGGGGAUCCUUUGCGGUGUGGGCGGACCACAGCUCUGUGGGUUGGUACACCCUGGGGUUAAGCGGGGAGUUCCGGUUGACCCUUAGCGGUCGGGACCCCUGUGCCCUUUGGGCUACUAACUCAUUUCUCCGGAGAUGGGAGUAGGAGGUGUGGGUUCUUAUCUCCUCCCCUGGACUGUUUGGGGGCCUCUGAGGGUGGUUUGGUGGAUUCUGGGGCGAGUAAGAUCUGCGGAUCGCCGCCUCCCUCCCGCCCCCUCCCCCCUUUUUUUCUGGCGACCGUGAGUACGUUACUCAGUGGGGAAGAUUCUUGACUCUCCUUUUUAAAGCGAAGAUACAUCAUUUCACGGAGUUACCGCUGACUACACCUCAGGGGACAGAAAGGAUCUUGAGCUGUGGUCAUACUGUUCUUGCCUGUGUUUGGGGUUUAGAAAUCACCCACAGAUCCUUCACCAACAUUUCAGACAAUCUACAAUUUUUAGGGAAAUUGUUAAAGUUGAUCAUCUGUAAUUUUCCAGAAUGGCUUCCUUUGGAUGGAAGAGGAAAAUUGGUGAAAAGGUCUCAAAAGUCACAUCCCAGCAGUUUGAAGCUGAAGCUGCUGAUGAGAAGGGCUUAGUGGAGAAUGAGGACGUUAAUUGGCUUCAUGCAAUUAAACGAAAGAAAGCAAUUCUCCUAGAAGACUGUACAGAGAAGAGUAAACGGUUAAAGGAUGAAGGUGCAAUUUUGGCUGAAAAUAGGAGGUACUGGGAGGCAAUUCACAAAUGGGAUGAAGCACUUCAGUUAACUCCAGAUGAUGCUACCUUGUAUGAGAUGAAGUCACAGGUGCUGAUGUCUCUUCAUGAAAUGUUCCCUGCUGUUCAUGCAGCAGAAAUGGCUGUUCAGAGAAAUCCACAUUCAUGGGAGGCUUGGCAGACUCUGGGACGUGCUCAGCUAGGGUUAGGGGAGAUUGUCUUGGCAAUUCGAAGUUUCCAGGUAGCCUUGCAUAUCUAUCCAAUGAAUCCUGAAAUAUGGAAAGAAGACCUUUCCUGGGCAAGAACACUGCAAAAGGAGCAGAAGGAAGCACAGAGAGUUAAAAGAACUGAAACACCAGCUGAAGAAAUACAUUUUUCACCAAAAUCAAUUCCAGAUUAUGACUUUGAAAGUGAUGAGAUUGUUGCUGUUUGUGCAGCUAUUGCAGAAAAACAGAAGACGGUUUCAGCAAACAAAACGAUGGUAAUCGUGUCAGCAUCAGGGACUGUUGAGACCAUAACUGAGAAGGAAGAAGGUGCCACAGUCCCAGAUGGUUCUGUUUUUAUCAAAGCUCGAUAAAGCAAUGCAUGUAACUUGAAUCUAGCUUGUUGAGCAUCUCUUAAAAGUUUUAGCAGCAGAGAAAUCCAUCCUUAAGAAAAAGGGUGAAACCAGUAUUUUUGAGAUGAGAAAUUUGAAAACUUAUGGUAGAAUCAUUGCAUAAUGUCUGGUCAGCGUUUUGAUGACUUGUGACUUAGAAUUUCAGCCUCAAGAAAUGUGAGUAAAAUGUUGAGUAAUUAACACAUUUUGUUUAGUUUUUGUAUGUAAAAGCACUCAUUUCACUAAUUUGUAACAUGAAAAGUGAAAAUGUUAAAAAUACUGCAGAUCCUUUUUAUUAUUUAUGGAUUGAUAUGAAGACCAUUGUUGUAAACUGGCUAUUCAAAUUGAUAUUUGUUUUUUCAAAUUAGAAAAAGUGGCAGCCCCCCCCAUCAAAAUAUGUUAUUAUUUAGGUAAAAAGUAGGUUGAUCCCAAGAAGAAUCAAAUAUUUAGGCAUUGUAAAUAUGGAGAGUUAAUAGUCAAAGUGAAAUUGUUAUUAGGAAUACAGAAUAUAGAAAUGUCACUGGGAACCUUCAGCAAAAAAAAAAUGUAUGACAUGCCACAUGUCAUGAGCAAUUUUUGAUUUUUCUCUUAAUUUUUAUGCAUGCCUUUGGUUUUGACAUUAGGAGAGAAAAAUUAAUUGAUCUGUUAUGAAAUUUCCUCAUCGAUAUUUAUCAGAUGUGUCAAAUUGAUGAUAAAAGUAUGAUUCUGACAUUAAAUAUUUUUGUGUAAGAAAAAAUAGAAGUAAUCAAUCCUUGCUACAAAUGAAUCAUUUUUAAAACAUGGACUUUUGAAAUUAUUAUGAAUACUUUUUAUAGUGAGAGCACAAUAGUAGCAUACUCCUUCCUGGUUAAAAUACUAUAUUUUCUUUAAUUUGAAAGCUCAAAUUCUCUUUAUGGUUAUUUUAAUAUGUGAUAUUUAAGGCAGUCGAUUUUAAUUUUCAGCCUGUGGAACUCAGUAAGUCUUAAUCUCACUUCAAUAAUAACAUGAUUUACCAUUUAAAAAUACAUAAAUUCUGUCCUUAAAAAAUGAGCAUCAAGUUAAUAGUCCUUAAGUCAUUAACUCAUCGCACAUCUAAAAUUUAGAAUCUAAAAGUUCAUUCUUUGCAUUGCUACUACUGGGAAUUACUACUGAUAUCUUUGAAUGAAAGCUAUCAAAUACAUACAAAAAUAAACAUCUUUCCUAAUUUAAGUUGUUCUUCUAAUCCACCAGUGUAAUACACAAUUAGAAAUUUUGUCUUAUUCCUGAAUUGUAGAAAUUUUUUGUUAAGAUUAAUUACCUUUGGCAGGUAUCAAAAUAAUCUUCAUUAUGUGAAUUUUUUCCUCGUCUACGUUGGCAGCAAGUCAUUUGAUGGCUUUUUGACAGGAUCUUUAAGUGCAUUGCUCAGAGAUGGAGAAAUCAGCAGAUUAAUUCUGCUGCAGAAAGUAUUGUACUAUGUAUUUGAUCUAUCAGGAAGGUGGUUCCAGUUAGAAUGGUAAGUUUAAAUAUAGCCUAAAAGCAAAAUACUUAUUCUGUUUUAAAUAAUUAAUAAUUACCAAUGGAUUGGGUAAGUAUAGAUGUGGAAAGUUUGUAAUUUCAUGUAUUGUUUUAUGUGAUGGAUGUACAUGCUUUCUUGCUUAUUGUAAAAUUCAUGUAUAAAUAAAGUUGUGGGGUUUUCUGCAAUUUCAAGUUUUAAA